AUGGACGUUUACCAAGAGGUCGCCAAUAAGCUGGACCUCACAGAAGAGGACAUGUACCAGCACGUGCUGGUGCAGAGCUUGGCGGAUGCCCAGCAGUAUCAGGACUGUCUACGCAACAUCGACCGGGCUCCUGAAGGAGUGGGUGAAGCAUCGGGUCAUGUCAAAAAGGAGCGAGUGGACAACUCGGCCUCGUACCGGGACUUUGUUGUGGAUGAAGACUACAACAGUCGGGUGUGCACGGCAUGGGUGGAUAUGGCCUCGAGGGACUAUGUCCUAGACACCGUCGUCAAAUGGCCUACCAGGCUUCCAGGGCCAGAGCAAGUCCUGGAGAUCUGCAACAGGCACUCCUGCGCGAAGCCUUUACCCGACAUCGCGAAGGAGUGCUUGGCCCCAGCGGGAUGGUCCUGGUCGUUGGGUCGACACUUGAUCCUGGUGGACCCUGAGGCCACCCCCCAGCGAUGCUUUGGCCUCCUCCAAUUCCCUGAAGUACCGCAGAUGGCGAGCAAGCUUCGAGGCUUUUGGCCUCGAUUCCUCAUGGAGGUGGUAACUUCCAUCCUGGAGCGAGCGGGUGCUGGCACGCGCCUUCUUCAGCGGCACGAGCAGGCCCAAGUCACCCGACAGUGUCUCAGGGCCUGCUUGCUCCGCGCCAAGGAGCUCCUGGAGCGCUUCUCGGAUCAGCGCGACGAGCUUCUCAAGGCGCUCCAGCCCGCCUCUGGCACCCUGGAGUUUCUCUUCAACCGCCUUGCCUCCAGCGGUGCAGUUCAGACCUCUGCGGCUGUGGUCCUGGCGCAGAGCUGGGCCAGUGAGCCAUCGCUGUUUGCUUGUUUCGAGGCGUUUCCCUUCGUGCUACCAAGCCUCCUGCGCGUGCCUUCGGCACCCUCGGUGAAGGCCACCAUUGCAGACAGCGGCAAGGCGCUUAUCUGA